UAUUGGUGAUAUAUUGGUAAGGCACCAAAGCCUCAGCUUUGGAAAUCGGAUAUCUCCAGACCCGAGGGUCUCAAGACAGCUCAGGGGAGGGCCUGGGCCCCUGUGAGGGUCACACAGGGAGGUGUAACUUAUGUUUGAAAUGAGAUCCCUAAGCAAGGAAGUUCUUCUAUUGCUUUUGCCUAGAUUUUUAUCCCUGAAAUUUCUUGUAAAGUUAAUAACAUAAACUUGGUUCAGCUGUUCCAAGGGGAAAGUAAGGAAGGAGAAAAUUGGAUAUCCUCAGGGAGUUAUACAUAUUAGAGACACCAAAGCCCAAGAAGGAGGCAAAAACAGAAAAAAAGAGGUACAACCAAUCAAGGAGCUAGCAUACCUGCAUGGAAUUUUUUAUUCUGGAGAGCCUUUGGCCUACAAAUUUACAUCACACACUGCAUAUGCUGGAAACAGCUGAUUUCUGUGAAAGACAACGUUUAUAAACUCCUGCCUUUGGCACGGAACUACUUUAAAUAUUAUAGUUUUUCCUUUAAAAACAUUUCCAAGCACCUGAUAUGUGCCAGAUAUUAAACAAGUUAUGGUCAAGAUUUAUACUCAGCUUUGGAAAAGGAUUCAUUACUUUGCCUUUCAUAGCUGUAGACUGCGGCAUAAGUCACGGUGCGUUCUGUGCUUCCCGCCCACCAGGAAGCUUGGUUUGGCCACACAGAUUAGGAUCCCAGGCCAACUGUGGUCGCAAAAUAAACCCUUUUCCACCCUGAGUAAAACGGCAUUUUCUUUGCAAACUAGAUGUCUCUCAAAUUUUAUUAACAGGAUAAAAAUAACUGAUUACAUAAGCCUGGGCAAGAAACCCUUAAUUUCAUUUUAGAGUUCUCUACUAUGACACGUGCCCUACAAUAGAAAGAAACACAGAUUGUUUCACAUUACCUGACAUGCUGCAAAUUACUACUGGAAAUUUAGACUUUCAGGGAGAUACAGGUAUGUUUCGGUUUGGUACAUUUAUUUCAAUAUAAUUUAAUUCUGUUCUAACUUUGUUUCUUAAAAAAUAUCAAAAUACCCAUAGAUUUCCAGCAAUUCAGGCUUGUUCUUCUACAUCGAGGGGGUUCUGGGGUGUGGAGGGCUUGCUUAGCAUGUUCGAGGUCCUGGGUGCAAGCCAGUGUGUGUGUGUGUGUGUGUGUGUGUGUGUGUGUAAACACAAAACCAUGAGUUAUGUAAUGCUGCACACAAUGUAAAUUCAGGCUUCUGCAGCAAGACUUUGAAGGCUUUGCUGCCCACUGUUGAAAUCUUGAAGACAGUGCUCUGCCAGAGCUUCAAAACCAUGGGAAAAACAAAGUCAGAGUUACCCCACGGUGCAACAGGCAUUAUUCACAGGCUCCAAAGGCAGAAUCGUUGAACUCCACCAGGCUUACUAACUGACUCGCAUUAACGGUGAACAACCCUCUGGUCAAGUGGAGACUCAUUCAGUAGCCUUUAUCUUUCUAUCAAGCAUCCAGUCAAUUCAUUUCAAGCCUGUCGAUCUCUCAGGGCGCCUUUGGAUGAGUUUCCUUGCUUUGCUUGUUGUGCUGCUGGGCUCACAGACUCUUUCACAAUGUCCCAGGUUCCUAAAUGCUUCAUAAGCACGACUGAGCCGCGCCGAACCUCUGCAGCCUGUGCCUUCACAAGCCUGUGUCCCAGCAAGUCAAAGCAGCAGGAGAGUGAGCUGGCACAGGGUGAUAGGGGCAGAAAAGGGGGCAAGAGGAUUGCACCGGUGCUGCGUUCCCAGACAGAGCCAGCAGGCGGUAGCAACACCCCGGGGAAGGCCCCAGCCAGCCUCGCAGGCCGAACAAUAGCCCCCCAGCCCAGUCCCGGGUUGCACAGCAGGUUCAGGCGGGCGCUGACUUUUUUCCUCCCCUGGUUUCAGCCCUACCUCCAGGCCCCUUCUGAGCGCACUUUCCACCGCCUCUCAUCACCGGGGGCCUGGGGUCCCUUGCAGCGCGGGCAGGGAGGAGGCCGCCUGCGGUGCAGCGACCUGCCCCAGCCAGCCAGACCCGGCAC